AUCAAAAAACAUAAAAUGCGAAAAGUUUCCCUCGCAAAAAUGAGGAUUGCUUUCCGACCCCAAAUCGCACCUCUGACGGAAGUGAAGAUUGAAGAGCAGAACUCAAUCUUUUUUGGUCUUCCGACCCCAAAUCGCACCUCCGAUUUUUCCUCCCAAAUGUUGGGAACAAGUAUUCCGUCGCAAGUGUUUUUCAAUAUUCGUUUCGUUCUUUAUGGUUUUGAUCCUAUCAACGAAAGCAAGGUCCGAUUCAAGCUUGUAAACGGCGGUGGAGUUGACGUUGGUCAGUACGGUCCAAGUUGCACUCAUGUCGUUGUGGGCAAACUUACAUAUGAUGAUCCUAUUUGCGUUGCCGCAAGAAAUGAUGGGAAGACGCUCGUCACGGCUUUGUGGGUUGAUCAUAGUGUUGAUAUUGGCAUGCCAGUUGAUGCAACCUCCGUCAUGUACAGACCCCUGAGAGACUUGAAUGGUAUACCGGGUGCGAAGACUUUGGUUGUUUGCUUGACUGGUUAUCAACGUCAGGAUCGGGAUGACAUUAUGACAAUGGUGGGCCUGAUGGGUGCUGAAUUUUCGAAGCCAUUGGUGGCAAGCAAAGUUACUCAUCUUAUAUGCUACAAAUUUGAAGGAGAAAAGUAUGAGCUUGCCAGUAGACUGCAGACAAUUAAGUUAGUUAAUCAUCGGUGGUUGGAAGACUGUUUGAAGGACUGGGUGCUUCUCCCUGAGGAAAAAUAUAAGAAGAGUGGUUAUGAACUAGAGAUGAUGGCAGAAGAAGCUAAAGACUCUGAAGAAGAAGCUGAAGAUCUCGUGCCUGGGAAUUCUGGGGGAAGAGAUACAACUAAGAUUCCCUUUAGUCCAAAAGUUAAUAGUGCUGCAUCCCCUGGCUCAUCAAAACCUGUAGUAGUGGAAUCUAAUGCCUUUCCUGGUUCUGCUGCUCCUGAGGGAUUGCGGCAAGUAAAUGAGGGCCACGAGUCAUUGUUAAUUUUCAAAAAUGAGAAUAGAUCUGAUCAAACCAGAAACAUCCAUCAUGAUGUUCUAAAAUGUUCUGGGGAUACUGGCGUUUCUAGGCAUGAUGCAUCUGGCCAGCUACCCGACACGUGUGCCAAGAGCACUAAACCUAAAAACACUUGUGUUCCAGAUGCAGUUGACUGCCAAAAUUUUGGUAUUCCUGGAAAUGCUGAUUCAUCGGGUCAUCCUCCUGAUCUUCAGGCUGGCACUUCUGAGUAUGGGAAGUUGGUUAAUGACUUGAGAUUGACCUCUGAAAGUGUUGAAGGACAUGCACACUCAGAUGCAAAGGGUUGCGCUGCAAGUAACUCUAGGAAAUACUUAAAGAGAUUUUCUCCUUCAAGUGGCUUAAAUGAAAGCCUUGGCAACAUAAGUGAUCCUUCUGCAUCAACUUUAAAUAAUUUGAAAUUAAGAACUGACCUAGACGCCUCUUUGAGCAAGGAGGAAAAGGCAAGUGAAAGCAUCAACUUCGCCUUUGUUGAAGGCUCUGGAAAAGGAAGUGAUUUUGAUAACAAGAAAGGGCCAAGUAAUUUGUUAACUAAAAAGAGGACGAUUGAAGCUUCUACUAAAUUUAAAUCGAAGAUGGCAACAGAAACAAAACUUUCCAUUGAAGGAUCCCCAUUAACAGAUAGCAAUAAACUACCAGAGAUAGAACACCAUUCUCCUGUGGGCAGAGGUGAUAUAAAGGACCCAGAAACAGUGAGCUCGAAGUCUCUGCAAGAUAAUGCACCCAAAAUUAAUGGCAAGACUGAUAUUGCAGGUUUUGGCGGGGAAGAAGUCGUUCAAGAUGGCAAUGGAACAGAACCUCAUAAUGCCAGGAACGAUCUUGAAUGCUCAUAUUCAAGUGAAAAGAAGUCUAGAAAUGAGGAAUCAACUGGUCAUGUUACCCUGGAUCUAUCCAACAAAGUAAGUGAUAAGUUGAUUAGAAAAUCACCGCGCAAGAAGACAGUUGCCAAGAAAUGCUUGGGUUCUAGACCUAAAUCAGGUGCUACUGCUAAAAGGAAGGGUUUCAUAUCAUUAAAUGAAAGUACCCCUCAAGCUGAUGAUGCAGGUUGUUUAAGUGGAUGGAAAGAGACAGCACUUUGUGACGGCAAGAAGCUCCAUAAAUCCUCUAAAAUUGUCAGUGUCGAAACGUCAAUGGAGCAGGAGAGUGUCUGUAAAUCUGCAGAAAAUGCCAAUGGCAGAGAAUUUCAGGAUGAAGAAACAGAGGCUCCGGAUGACAAAUCUGAGUACAAGGGACUGGCAGCAGAUGAAGACAAUCGUGAAUCAGUUAAUCUUUUGAAAAAAUCUGUUACCCAGACAGAAGGGAAGUUGGAAGCAACUCACCAUGUAUCAAAAUCUAAAUCAAAGCCUCCAAAGGAAGAUACAAAUGGAACUAAACCAGUGGUACUUGAGCUGGGAGACUCUACCUCCAAAGUAAAAGGAAAGCCUAAAGGGAGAAAACUUACAGAAGGCAGAAACAAGAAAGCCACAUUUACCAAGGAUAAAAUGAGGCCUGAGAUGGCUGCAUCCAGAGAGAGGAAAGACGAGACAAAUAUGGAAACCAUGGAAGCAGCUUCAUUUCCUGCUGGUAAAAAUAGCAGCUCAGCCGUACUGAAAAAUAAUUCAGAGUGUUUUGAGGAAGUGGAGAAGGAAAACAGGCCAUUUGAUGGAGAGGGCAUUGGGGAGGGUAUAAACAUUGGGAAUUCAGUUCUUGGUAUUGGUGCAGGUCAAGCAAAGAUCAGUCGAAAGACUCAGAAAAAAGUUCUUAAUUCAUCUACGACAGGGGAUAACAGAAGAGCAAAAAGAGAAGCUGCAUGUUUUAUAGUAAGUGGGCAUCGCUUACAGAGAAAGGAGUUUCAACAAAUGAUUAGGCGAUUGAAAGGAAGGGUCUGCCGGGAUUCUCAUCAGUGGUCAUAUCAGGCAACACACUUCAUAACCCCAGAUCCUAUACGCAGGACUGAGAAAUUUUUUGCUGCUGCUGCAUCAGGGAGGUGGAUUCUUAAAACUGAUUACUUAACUGCCUGUAGUCAGGAAGGUAAAUUCUUGACAGAAGAACCUUAUGAGUGGCACAAGAGUGGCCUCAGCGAGGAUGGUGCAAUCAAUUUGGAGGCUCCAAGAAGAUGGCGGCUUUUGAAAGAGAAGACAGGUCAUGGCGCCUUUUAUGGAAUGCGCAUUAUUGUAUAUGGCGAUUGCAUUGUCCCACCUUUGGAUACUCUAAAGCGUGUAGUCAAAGCAGGAGAUGGAACUAUAUUAGCAACUUCACCUCCUUACACCCGGCUCCUUGAUACCGGUAUUGACUAUGCCAUAGUUAGCCCGGGCAUGCCACGUGUUGACGUGUGGGUCCAAGAAUUCUUAAAACAUGAGAUACCCUGUGUUUUAGCUGACUACUUGGUGGAGUAUGUGUGCAAGCCCGGUAUCUCACUCGAGAAACAUGUACUUUAUGGGACUCAUGCUUGGGCAGAGAGGUCAUUUGCUAACCUUCAAAGGAAGUCGGAAGAGAUCAUUGAGAAUCCUCCAGAAAUUGAUGAUGGUAACGACACAGCUUGCCAAGUAUGUGGAUCCCGAGAUAGAGGAGACGUGAUGCUGAUUUGUGGUGAUGAAAGUGGUUCCGUUGGUUGUGGAGUUGGUAUCCACAUCGAUUGCUGCGAUCCUCCUCUGAAAGCUGUUCCUGAGGAGGAUUGGUUUUGUACCAAGUGCAGUGAAACCCGAAACUGCUCUAUCUCUAACAAGAAAAGGAAAAAAGGCGUCUUGUCUUCCUCGAAGAGCAAGUGACUAUCCCUUUUUACGUUUUUCAUGGGAAGCUUGUUUCAAUUGUAGAAGCAUCCGCCUGGCCACGAUGGAAUCGAUCCAGAUUGCUGCCAUAUCAGCAUCGAAUCUAUUUGAUUUAAAAAGAUGUCCGGGUGACGUUUCUGACGAAGCCACUGUUGAUUGUAAAUAAGUUUGUUGGAUAGGGCAAUUUAUUUUUCAAAUUUCAUGUAAUGUUAGAGGUUCUGUGCAUUUAUUCGUGCAUGAUUUUCAUGUUUGGUCGGUAGAAAUGUCAUG